AUGUAUAAACCAUAAAUGAUAGAAAACGAAAAAAAUCUUCAUUGUUAAAUGAAACAUGAAUUACCUGUCUAAAUGGUUAUUUUGGAUUCUAAGCUAACAUAAAAUUAAAAACUUUUGUGUUAGGAAUGCAUUAAUAAUUUUGAAUCAAGCUACAAUAAGACAGUUGGAUUUAAGAAAGUUGUUUAGAAGAUUGAAGAAAAUAUAUAAUAAUAGUUAGAUAUCAUAGAAAAUCAAAUUAUAACUAAUAUUAAAUAAGUUGAAUCAUUCUAAAUUCAAAUCAAUGAUUUAAAAUCUAUUGUUCUUUAAUAAUUAGAUCAAUUAAUUAGCAACACUAAUGAUUGGAUAUAAAGUUUAAAAUAAACAGGAUCUCAAUACUCAAAAUAUAGUUUCUUCAAAGAAUUAGAUAUAAUAAUCAAUUAAUAAAAUAAUAAAGAUGAUUUGAUUAAAUGUUAAAAUCAAAUUAAAAUACUUAAUCAAAGUUGGAUUACAAAAGUCAAUUCUAAAUUAGAACAAUUCAAAUCAUUUCAAUAUUAUCAAUAAUUAAAGGAAAUAUUGAACUAAUUAAUUAAAUAAAAUCAACAAUUAAGUCCAAAUCAAUUAUUAUUUAUUGAUGAUACAAAUGAAUAAAAAGAAAUUUGUAAUGAAAUUGUAUUUGAUUCAACAGGAAAGAUUAUGGUUUCAACUUGUGAAAACAAAAUUAUAAUUUGGAAUUUCAAUAAUGGAAAGAUUGAAAAAGUUCAAAUGCUUGCAGAACAUUAAAAAGUUAUUAAUUGUUUAGUUUAUAGUAAAAUUAAAAAUUAUUUUAUUUCUGGAUCACAAGAUGGAUCAAUUAUAUUAUGGAAAUAAUUGGAUUAUAAUUAAUGGUAAAGUUCUAAACCAUAAAAUGAGCAUAAGAAAGGUAUCUAUUGUGUAAUCUUAACAUAAAAUGAAGAUUAAUUAAUUUCAGGUAGUUAAGAUUUCUUGAUUAAUAUAUGGAGAAUAGAUUUUAUUAAUAAUCAAUUAACAUUUCUCUAUUCUUUAUAAAAACAUACUGAUUAAGUCAUCUCAUUAAGUUUAAAUGAAUCAGAAAGAUUAUUAGUUACAUGUGGAUUAGACAAAUCAAUAAUAAUUUGGUAAAAAGAUGCAAAUAAUAGAUGGUAUUUAUAUUAAUUUGUUAAAUAAUCAAAAUUAGAUAUAGGGAGUCAUGUAAAAUUUUUAUAAGAAGAUAAAUUCAUAUGGGUAUCUUAUUCAACCAAUAGUUUAUGUGUAUUUGAACAAAAAGAUGGUUAAUUUCAAGAAAUAGUAGAGAAGAAAGUUUAAUUUAGUAAUUUUAUUCAAAAAUGUUUAAAUUUACCAUUUUUCCCAAUAAUCUACAUAAAGGAUAAAAAUUUGAUAUGCUUAAGACAUAUGAAAAAUAUUGUAUUACUCAAAGAGCAAAUUGAUGGAUAAUUAUCAAUUGUUUAGGAAUUAGAUUGCCAAGAUUGGAGCAUACAUGGAACAGUUACAAAAAAUGGAUAAUAUUUAAUAUUUUGGGGAGGAAAGAAGAAGAAAUAUGAGAUAUAUGAAAUAUAAUAUAAAUGA